AUGACCGGAUUAUUUAACACAUGGGCGGCAAUCAACCGCGGGGAAGGACCCAUUAAUCCCGACGGUCUCAUCGUGGACGCCUCCGCAAUUUUCAGGCCGGGGAACUUUGUCAGCUCCCCGCAAAAUCCCCUUCCCCUCAAGAAACCGGCCGGAAAGUACUCCACGAAAAGAUUUGAUUUUGGCAAGCGGGAUAUCGAGCGGCUCAGGAACUAUUGUUAUCACCCAUCCGAGCACCGCCGCUUUCCGUCUCGGGUGGAGGCGUUGUCGGCGUUCAUAUGGGCGGCGGUGAUACGGGCAAUUCUACAGGCGAACCCAAACCGUAAGACGCAUUUGCUGGGAAAUAUGGUGAACUUGCGAAAGAAGUUUAACCCGCCAUUCCCUUCGCAGUGCCUAGGCAACAUCUACCAAGCGGUGGCCGCUCGGUGGGAAUCAGAAGCCGACGGGGGUGAAAGUGUUACUGCCGGGUUUCUUGUAGGACGAGUCGCGGAAGCCAUGGAUAAGAUUACCGACGAUUACGUGAGGGAAAUGUACGUGGAGGGUGGAUUUCUUAGAGUCGUAUCAGACUUAAUCAAGGCACUUCAUAAUGCGGAUGAGAUUAAUGUUUUUAGUAUAAGUAAUAUUUUGUGUAAUAUUACAUUUUCUCAAGUUGAUUUUGGGUGGGGCAAGCUGAUGUGGAUUGGCCUGGGUCAUACACUAGAGAACUCGGCUGUUUUCAUGGAUGCAGAAGAUGAGGGAGUAGAAGUGUGGAUUGGGUUGACACAAGAGGUUAUGUGCAAUUUAGACAAGGACAUGGAAUUUCAUGCUUAUAUGUCUUUCUCUCAAAUCGUUUCCGAACCGUCUUGUCCUCUUCGGUCUGCACUCUAG